AUGGAGAUAGAAAGGAGGGAGUUGCCCUCCUCCGACGAAUUUCAGCGGUGGCCUCCAAUGGUUUCUUCGAGUGAUGUUGUGGUGGCAGGACGGUGGCGAAAUCCGUUAGGGGGAGGCUGCGAAACCGAAGAAACCGAAGAAGUUGCAGGUGACAUUGAAGAUGAAGAUGAUGAUGGUGAUGAAGAUGAUGCAGGUUGUGAAACUGAAGAAACCGAAGAAGUUGCAGGUGACAUUGAAGAUGAAGAUGAUGAUGGUGAUGAAGAUGAUGCAGAAACCGAAGAAACCGAAGAAGUUGCAGGUGACAUUGAAGAUGAAGAUGAUGAUGGUGAUGAAGAUGAUGCAGGGAUGAAAGAUAAACACAUGAGUUUGUGGGACCUACCAUCUCUUUUAACUUCAUCUUUCUCCCCAACCCCCACCCACCCACACCUCCUCUUCAUCAGUGCAUCUUCAACACCGACUGCCACCAAUCCACCAUCCUCCACCAUAAUAACCAGCAGAAACCAACUAAUCUAG